AUGUCUCUGAUCGGAUCCGCUCCAUCAAUUGUGCUGGACGCUAAUGGCGAGACUCAGCUCUUCACACUCAUCAACACUGGCAUGACAGACCUUGUCGUGAAGCUGCGAACCUCCAACAACACCGACUACAACUUCAGGCCCGUUUAUUCGUUCAUCAAGUCUGGUGCGUCGCAGAAAAUCGAGAUCAUCCGAAGGAAAGGACCCCCGAAGAACGACAAGUUCAUAGCUUUGUACGCAGCGAUGCCGCCAGGUGCCACGAAUCCAGUGACAGCUUUUCCUACGAUGCAACAAGUCAUUGGCCAAAUCACAGUUGGACUUUAUGCUCUUCCUUAA